UCAAUCUUGGCACCAACCCUGGCUUGGCUGCUAUCUGGGAAGAUGAACAGCAGCGACGUCGGGAUGCAAAUGAGUCUUCACAGAUAUCAGGUCCAUCAUCACAGGGUUAGUAUUUCAUGUGUGUGUUAAAUAAAUAAAUAAAUUAAUUAAUUAAGAAAUACUCAAUAAUACUACGCUGCCCUAUGGGACUUUUCAGGUUUAAUAUAACAAAUAAUUCAAAUAGGGUUAAGAAUCCCAAGUGGCAGAACUCAAGUGCUAGUAUAUUUUUGUUUGUGUUAAAUAAUAAAAAUACAUAAAUAAAUGUAAUAUAAUGUAAUUGAAAUGUAGUUCCAGGCUUCAGAGGCUAUGCAUUGCUUUAUUGCUACAGCUAUCUGUUUCGUAUGGUCUAAAGGCAACCGAAUAAAGUCAUGUAUAGCCUCUGAAGCUUGGAACUACAUUUCAUUUAUAUUAUUUGUUGCUCCUGAAAAGUUGAACACUCUUCGAAAGUUAUUCUAACCAGUUCAGAAAAUGUAAACAAAAUAUAUUUGUAAAUGAAUGAAUUAAUAAAUAAAUUAGGUAAUUAAUUAAUACUCAAUUAAUACUACCCUCUGCCCUGAUGUGGCUUUUCAAGGUUAAUAAAACUAAUUUUAAGAAUCCCAAGUGGCUUCAAAAAUUUUUGGUCACAGUGGGAAACUGACUGACCAUGGCUAUUAAUGUUUGACGACUAGAUUUCAUCUUGGAUGCUAGAUCUAAAAAGAUAGUUAUUCAACGGGCAAACUACUUUAGUAAUUAAUUUUGGACCCUGGGCAGUGACAACUCAGCUAGUUUUAUGGGUUGUGGGGGUGGAUGGGGAGGGUAUGUUUGAUAGGACCUUUGAUUUAAAUUGCCGCCUGGUUAGCUCAGUUAUGAGAGCGCUGGUCUGCCGAACAGGAGGUCGCGGGUUCAAACCCUGGCCAGACCAACACUCAGGGUCUUUAAAUAACUGAGAAGAAAGUGUUGCCUUUGAAAUGACAUCUGCAAAUGGUUAGACUUUCUAGUAUUCUCAGAUAAGGAUGAAAAACUGUAGGUCCCAUCUCACAGCACUUUCACUGAUUUGUUCUUGUGGGAUGUAAAAGAACCCACAUCACUAUUUGAAGAGAGUAGGGGUCGUAGAUUCCAGGGGUGUGGUCAACCUUUAUGGGUUGUGGGAUUGGGUAGGGAUGGCACCUUGCAUGGGACCUGAGUCCUGUUCGUGCACAUUCCCUCUGGGCAGGCCUGUGUCCAGAAAAGCUGGUAAAUGAAUGAAUAAAUAAAUGAUUCCCAUUUGUUCCUAUCGCUAUUGGGCAGGUCUUUGUGGGCCCAGUAAAAUUGGUAAAGUAAAAUAACUUAUUAUUGUAAUUACAGAUAGAGGGCUGAUUCAAGAAACUGAAACAGAGAGGAAUUUGAAGCAAAGAAUCAAGGAGAUAAUUGACGAGCGUGAUCUUCUGAUGUAAGGGAAUGCAAAGUUCCUCAGUAUUGAGGUUUCUUUGGGCCUUAAGUUUUACAAGGACCUUGAUGUAACAUCGACAUGAUACUAGCCUGCAUAGCAAGUGUUUCCAAUCAAGUUAUUUCGUUAAAUUUAGAGUGGGAACAAAAAAAAUGGAAGGGGGAAGGGGAGGAAAGAAGGAGGGGGAGGGGUUUCCCUUUCUCCCCUCCCCCUCCCCCUCCCCAUCUUCCUCUUUUUUUUUCGCACUCGCUUCGCUCGCCCAAAUAGAAGAGCUUGCUCACAGGCUAGUCUCAACUUGACAAACUCACGUGGAAACGCUUGCUAGCAGGCUAACAUGAUAUCGACGUGAUACAACUCACUUUGACUCUGAAGAUGUACCUCACAGAUUGCUAAUACACCAGUCCCUGUAAAUAACACUCCUAUUCAGGACCACACUCAUACUCCACCUACUUGAGAAAUGACUCCUGGGUUCAAACCAUUCACUGAUUUACAUAUAAUGUAACAUUAAAACCUGGAUUGAAAGGAUCACAAAGCUCUCCCUACUGGGCUUAUACAACUUUUUUUAUACAACAGGGCUUAAACCCUGGGCUUAUACAACUUUGUAAGGGAGUUUAGGAGGGCUUAUAAAUGGAAGGGGAGGCUUAUAUACAGGGGACUUGUAACUGGGGCUAAUAGAGCGUUUCAAAACAAGCUACAAAGCAACGCUGAGCAGAAUACUUUUUGAAUUAACUCGCUUUUUUAAGCUUCAAAGCGUUGCUAAUAAUCGAAUUCAUUUCAAUACAAGCUAGAAGGGGGCCUUAUAUCUUGAGGGGGGGGAGGGCUGGGCUUAAAACUGGAUGCAUUUUUGGUUGUUUACAGGUAAAUGGGCUUAUAACUGCAGGGUCUUAUAAGUCGAAGUUUAUGAUAGUUUAUCUUCAUUCUUCACAGAGUACAUCAAACUAACUUAAAUGACCAGCCCCUAGUUGGCUUAUGAGCUCAAUUGGUAGAGAGUUGCACCAGUAUCACAGAGGGUUGAAUCCUGUUUACCUGAAUUCUUAAUCCUUUCUUUUUUGCAACUGCAAACAUUGUGUCUAAAACUGCUAUGCUGUACUUAGUUCCAAUCAAUUCAUAAGACAUAGAGCUCUGACCAUUAUAAUGUGGACAUGUUUGAAAUGUGGAUUGUGUUGUCGGUAAUAAGGUUUGUAGAAAAAAAAAUCAGAUUGUGAUUUGUUUACCCACAAAACAUUUAGGAGUUCUUAAGAACUCGUUUUCAUUUGUCAGUGCGUUCCAGAUCGAAUUGGAAUAUGGAAGUAUUGGUUUUUUAAGGAGAUGGGAAAAACGGAGUACCCAGAGAAAAACCUCUUGGAGCAAGGGAGAGAACCAACAACAAACUCAACCCACACAUGGCGUUGGCGUUAGGAUUCGAACCAGGGCCACAUUGGUGGAAGGAGAGUACUCUCACCAAUGACUACCCUUGCAUAUUUAUGCUUGACUGUAUGGGGUAAUGGUAACACACAUUUCUCAACUGGGCAACUGUAUAGUCUUCAGGCACAAAAGCUUUUCUCUUGUCUGUACUAAUUUUGUUCUCAGACAAAGUCAGAUGGGAAAACUUGGACGAGGAGCAUUAUCUCCCCAGGAACUUGCCUCAUUUCAAGAUUCUAUCUGCACACUGGCUGCUGCAUCUCAGAAAGGAUUGGCUGCUGAUGAUGACUCAUUAGAUGCUGAUGUCAUGUCACAGUUGCUGUCACAGCAUGUUCAAGUGACGCUAGGGGAAGGUGCAGCAGCACAGUCAUCCCAAGGUAUGUAAAUGUUAAUGCAUGGAAAUAAAAUUCUUGUACCCAUCUCAAACUCAUUAAUUAUUCAUGCAGUCAAGAGUCAAUAAAUGACGACUAUUUGGGUCAGGUGGAUGACUCUUGAUACCUAAUGAAACAGUAGAUAAAACACCACCAUGUUUUCAUCUGAGAUCAAAUUCUUGCAUUUAAAUAAGAUGUUUUAUUGAUUAACACAACUCGUGGAAACAAUGCAGUACCAUGUCAUUGCAUAAUUUCUUAUUGCUUCAUUUGAGAAAACAUGUCAAAAACUCGCGCUUUGUUCUUCAUCACGGGUUCCAAACACCUCGAAACACACUCGCCCUCGUUUUUGACAUAUUACAUGAAACACGGAUGAAAUGCUAUCAGGUGGAUAAGUGUUGUGUUAACCAAAAUUAGCGAUGUUCAUAUUCUAGGACGAAGACGACUGGAGGACGAGAUUUAACUUCAGGUUUUUUCGCGUCUUCUUAAAAAAAAGACACCCCAGAAAGCGUCAUUGUACUUCUUUUAACCAGAAAAGUCAGCACGGUUAUUUUUAUUUAGGGAGGUUAAGCCUUCUCCUAAUCGCAAAAUGAUAAAACGUCUUACAUUUGAUUACUUGUUUCUGUUACUACGACAUUUUCGCUAAAACUUGUAGUAGAAUGACGAUGGCUAUCACGUUUCCCCCCAAAAUUACGCUGUUUCACGGGCGAGCACCACUUCCAGUAUUGACAAAAUCUCAUUCUCGUAACCGUGCUUGUCUUAAGCCAAACGUCAAACUUUAUGUACAUUUAGUCUUGUUCGGGAGAAAAUUUAUUAAAAUUGCUUUUUGGUGCGAUUUAGUUUAUUGGUUGACGCGUCCUAAGUUCGACGUCUGACCCAACAGACGAUCUUAACUUAAUUUAGGUCGACCCAAAUUAGAGUUUGAUUCGUCUCAUGAUGAGAGGUUCGACGUUUGACCUAAGCCCUACAAUCUAAAAGUCUCUAUUGUAUGGCAAAUGACAAAUGACCCAGUGGUAAACGUACAUACCCUUAGAACAACUGAGGCCUGAUAAGGAUGCGCCAAAACCUAUGCCGGAUUGUCCGGGACCGGUAGAAAUUUUAGUUCGGACAUGUAACCUUUGACAUGACUUGUCCGUGGGACAAGCACGUUUUUAAUUAGAACAAAUAAAGAAACAGCUGAAAAUUGUCUUCAAAUUACGGUAGAAUUAAAACUCAUCUUAAAAGUCAUAAAAGUAAACAAUAAGGUUAAAUAUUCUUUUAUCUUCGCCAUUCCACGGUCAUUUCAUUUUUUUUUACGAGCUCCUUUUUAGGUUAAAGUCAAAUUUACAAUUUAGUGUGAGUAAAAACAAAUAAAAUGCCUGAUUGUAUUUGAGUGUCGAGUUUCGAGCUAAACUUUUCGGUCAAGAACUCUUGGGUUUCGGACAACCAAAUUUAAUAUAGUGCUUGUCCGAAGGACUAGGACAAGUGAAUUGGACAGUUUUUCCCCCUACUCUGCUGAUUUCUGGAAUUUUUUAUUUAUGAGAUGGGAUGAAUGGGGUACCCGGCGAAAAAUUCCUCAGCGUAGGGAUGAGAACCAACAACAAACGACUUAUGAACACUUGGACGUUUUCUUCGCUCUUGUUUGCAGUCAUUGUUGAUGAAGAUGAACCCGUUGUCAAUCAAAGUAUUGUGCAAGAAGUCGUAGAAGCAAGCCAGAUGUCCGUGUCACCAGAACUAUGUAGGUUUGCUUAAUUUUGCUCUACUUUAUUAAGUUCAAUCGUUCGUUAUAGGUUCUUUUGUUAUUCUCUUCUUUUUUGUUAUAAUGUGACAAUUACUAACAAAUGAAGAUGAAUGAAAUUCAGCAUUGAGCUCACAUAAUGCUAAUUUGCGUCUCAUCAAAUAACAAAAGAAUGGCAACACCCAACAGCACCCAACAUCGCGUUUGUAUGCGCGCAGACGAAAAACGAGGCUUCAUCGCGCGCAGUAAUUCACUCAUUAGAGAAAUUAAGAAUUUCGUUUAUGACAAACGGCAAACGGUAGAUUCAAGUUGACAAUAUUCUCAAAAUAGGGAGGGGAACAGAUAGAAACUGUACUUAUUGUUAUGCACGAGCUUGACAUGAAACUACCAAUCUUUUUUGUAGAAAUAAUGAACAGGAAACUUAAAGUAGAGGGAAAACUUGGUCACCUGGUACAAAUUGAUGUUUGUUUGUUGUGGUAAAAGUGAUUCUAAAUCUCUCUAUUGUAUCAGCUAACGUUGUUUGAGCUUGCGCGGAGAGGAGAUAGGAGACGAAUUAGCGCACAGGUUACAUCGCUCGCAGCAUCGCACACAAUGUCAUAAGCAACAUCGCGAACAACGUCGCCGUGUUAUCAUAAGCUACAUCAAGCACAGCAUUGCAGCCAUUAUCAUAAGCAACAUCGCACGCAGCAUCGGACGCAUUGUCAUAUAAGCAACAUCGCACAAAACGCACCCAUCAUCAUAAGCAACAUCGCACGCAUUAUCAUAAGUAAUGCAUCAGUCGAUUCCACCUGCGCCCGGUCCCCCCCCCCCCGGGCAACUGCAGGGCAUUUGCCCGCCUUGUCAGUCCCGGGGCCGGGCAUUUGCCAACCCCCGGGCCAAUCCCUAGUUUUUGACACGCACGCGGUUUCCUAUCAGAAUAUAACUACAAAGACGGUUUUACUGGAAGAAAGGCAGAUUGGCUCAUUUGUCCAGGACAGGAAUAAAUUGUAGAGGGUUGUAACGGCAUGUUUUCGAUUUUACAUGUAUGUAUGCAUUUCUUCAUUUUUUAUCAAGCCAGAAUUACGUAGCGAAAUUGGAGCUAUCGAUGUGAAUCAACGUUUUUUGGUUAUUGCAUCAAAUUUCUGUUGAUAUUAUUUGAAGAACAUCCUUUCAUAUUUAUAAAACUAUUCAUAACAUAUAACUUUACAGCGCUCUAUUAAUUUUAAUGUCAAUAAUUUUAUAUCAAUAGGAAAACCAUAAACUGGUGCAUGUCGUCGCGGCGUGAAGUCUUAAUUAGAAUCCUCGCGCUAUUACAAAGGAAGACGUUAAUUAAACCAAAAAAAUUGCACAUUAAAAUGCUUAAAACGGCACUAUUUGACUGUGCAAUCAAUAAAAAAUGUUGCAGUGUUGACAGAGGACGGGGCAUUUGCCGUCUUUUUUCGUCCCCACGCCGGGGAAUUUGACAGCUCAAGAGUCCCCACUCCCGGGAAUUGGUCAUCCAAGGCAAAAAAAAUGCUAAUGCCCGGGGGUCAGCCCGGGGGGGGGGGGGCCUGGGCGCAGGGGGAAUUGACUGAUGCAUAAAUCGCGCAACGUCACAUGCAUUAUCAUAAGCAUUAUCGCUCCCAACAUCGCACUCGUUGUAAUAAGCAUCAUUGUGCUCGACAUCGCACCCAUAAUUAUAGGCAUCAUUGCGCGCAGCAUCGCACGCGUUAUCACAACAAACACUAAGCGCGCCCGUUUUGCAGUGUAUGUCCACCUGCAAAUUCUCGUAAUUCUUUCAGGGCAUGACACCCAAUGGUGCUUCUAUCCUUAUGAUUUUCAUUUUUUAAUUGUACUCAAACAAACCGGUGGCACCAUGGAAAUUGUGAUGUACAGUUUAGGUAUACUCAUUUAUGCAGAGUCUAACUUUUGUAUAUGUAUUGUAGCCUCAACCAUGGAUAAAGAGAUGAUUAAUAUUUUGGCAAGUUUGGUAGAAGAGCCCACUCAGCCAGGCAGUCAGAGAACAGCGAGUCAGAGCAUUAUACUUGACACUGGUACGGACACGACGUUAUCAUGGUUAAUUGGCCAUUUAUACUUGCACGUUCGGUGGGUCCCGUGUAAACGAAAUGUUCAAAAAUUUGUCCCGACCCGUGUAAACGGGAUCUUAUUUUUUGUACUUAGCCUCGUUUUGAAAGUGAGAGUUUUUGGAACUCGGAUUUGGCCUAUUCAGGUCUUUUUAGCUCUUAAGCGGAAAAGCUAUUUUCUCAAGUGGCUCCGUCGUUGUUAGAUAACUUCCUCUUCGGUUUUAACGCCAGCGAUGGCUAUAAAACUUUGGGAAGACCUUCAGUUAUCAUUUGGCAAUAAUAUCAGCCAUUGCAUUCAUUGCAUCCCACACUAUUGUCUUUCCGUUACUAUUAACUAAUUCCUGGCCGCUUCUCCUGAGAUGGAGCGAACUUUAAGAUGGAUUUCUCAAAUGACGAUUUUCAUUAAAAUUUCAAAGUGGUACUCAGAAGAGUAAUUAAAAUUGAGUAUACUAAUACUCAAAGAGAAUCUAGUCUAUAAUAAUUCCCUUUAAAAAUAUUUCAAAACGCGAAAGUCACUACCAAUGUGUUUUUGAAGGGGAUUCGCUGUCCGACGAGGAAGCUAAAGAUGAUGAAGACCUUAGUGAGGCCGAAGAGUCGAUUGUCAUGUCACAAAGGGUCUGGGACGAUAUUGAACAUCACUCGCUGGGAUCUAGGGAGGAACAAGUGGCAGAUGAACAAGGCAAUGGGGAGGCUUCCCAAAGGUAACAUCAUUUCACUAGCGUUUAAUUAAGGGAACCCUUUUAUUAAACAAGAAAGGUUAAACAUCGUUCCAAUCUGAGUUUUUAAAGGGGCUAUGUCUCGAGGAUAUUGCUGUUUUGGGUCAAUUCUGUGCUGAAGUCAUUUCUUAUUUCCUUUACGCACACACAAAAUACUCCUGCAGAGUGUUAAAGAAGAUAGAGUGAUUGUCGUAUGACCAUGAAAAAUGGUUGCGGUAAGUGUUCGUCAUUUGUUUUAUCAGCCAGUGGAUAAAAAGAUCAAAACAUGGACUCUCCGUUCUCCCGCCAAAGAAACCCCAAAUAUGGAUAAGGCAUUGUUCGAUUGGCCAAUCGUGUUGCAGUAAGACGUCAAAGCCAAGUAUCGAUUUAUUUCUAGAAUACUUAAAGCAUUGUCACAUUCUGUUUUACACUUUUCAAGGGCAAGGAUGUAACACCAAAGACAAUCUCUUAUAAGAGCCCGUGAAACUAAAUUUUAAAUUUCACAGGAAUUGAGGAAACACAGGUAAAUUCGUCAUGCGUAAGACUCCAUUUAGUGAAAUUUGAAGCUUUUGAAGUUUGUUUUUUGGGCUCCCAUAAGAAUAUUUUCUUCGGAGUUAUUUCAUAUAAUAUUUCAUACAGUGUAAAAAAGAAUGCAAUAUGCUUGAAAUUAUUCUGGUACAAGGUUUUUGUCCACUGAAAAUUAAAAUUACUCAAUAUCCUAAUGGAUAACGUCUUAAAAAGAUAGCAAUGGAGUAGCCUCCCACGCAAACGUUCUUUUGGCUCGUCACGCAAUCCUCCCCAAACCGGGGAAGGAACGUGUGACGAAACCCGAAGAACGUCUGUGUGGGAGGCUACAAAUGGCGUGACAUAACCCCUUAAACUUGUUUAUAGGGCGCCUCAGUUCAACUUGGAAGGAAUGUCCGAUACGUGGAUUGGAUCAUUCUUAGAAGGGGACAUACCUCAGUUAGAUGGAGCGGCGGAUGAAAGCUCUGAUGGACAUGAGGAAUUGAGAAAAAGGCGGAAAAGAUUAGGCAUGGGCAGAACGAAAACGCGAUUAAUUAGUGAAAGUAAAAAGCCUGGAGUGUCCGCCGGGAAUGAAAUACCUUUGACUGAACCAUUACACUCUGAAGCGUCGGAAAAAAACUCAGAUCAUGGUGAAAGUGCUAGUGAAAUGGCUUCAGAAUGCAGUGAUGCUUCUGAGGAGAUAAAACGGUCUGUCAGCGAAGAUGUUUGGCCUAAAAAAGGAAGGGCGAUUCGUACCUAUUCAAAGAGAACCAGAUCGUCAUUGAAGGUUCAAAAGUCACUAAGAUUAAGUGAAGAAAAGGAUCAAAAGAUGGAGGAAGAGGAAGUAGUUGAGUUUAAAACUGAGGAGGCGGAGAAACCGGACCUUGAGGACACAUUCAGGUUGUUUCUAAGUGAAUCGAGUGGUUCUGAAGAUAACACAACAGGAACUAAUUCAGAGCCAGAGAAAAGUGAACCAUCUUCGAGUAAGCAAAAUCGUAACCUUGAUGUCAAGGAGGUGAAAGCAAGAAAAUUAUCUACGGUGAGGAAAGGCAGAAAUGCAGUGAAGUCUAAUUUUGGCUUAGAGGAAGAAACGGAAGUGGUGAAGCAGAAAGAUCUUAAUCUUGAGGUAGAAAAAAGUGACCAGAUAAGUCAACGUCACAUAAAACACUCGGUUUACUUCCCAUAACACAGGCAGUGCCUUCCACUAGCUCUUUAGUGCAAAAAUGUUCGCGCAGAGUUACUCUGCGUAAUAGAAAACUAUCAGAUAUAGAGAAGAAAGAACUAAAACUUGGUAAAGGAAAGGCAGCUUGCGAGAAUAAGCUGAAAAGUGAUUUAGUUUCGCCUUUGAGUGCCAUAAGCCGAGCUAUGCCAAACCUAAGAGUGUCCUUAGAGGAUGUUUCUCAAUCACAAAAGCUUGACUCAAAAUUUAGCGAAGCUCGCGCUCGUUUGAGGCACAAUAGAGAAACGCCGCAUCAGAGCUAUACACUUAGCGUAAACCAGGUUUUGAAUAGUCCGGUUGCAAAAGAGAGACCUUUGCUGAAACGUUCUCCUGUGGUAACGAGAACCAAAGAAAGGGCUCUUUUGUUAAAGAGGACUUCUCCAAAACGAAAAGAGGAGAAAAUGAAAAAAUACGGAACGCUACCUGUCGUGAUUGCCAAGUCACCUAAAAAGAGCCCCGCUGAUAAUAGUCAAGUUUCACAGGCGUCACCAGCAAACCGACAAAUUGGAACUGACUCCCUUAUACGUACGUCGCAGAUUUACGAGGACCCUGCUGUUUCGACAGACGUUUUCAGCAGUGUACGGAAAGGAGGAGGUAACUCUUCGGGAUCUGCCUCGUCCCGAAGUCGCACGCUCGGGUCUGUUGACAACAAUGAUGAAACUUUUCAGCGAUUUAUGGAGUGUUCCUCAUCUGAACCUCCCGUUACAUCUGUUACAUGUUCUGGUGGUGACGGGAAAAUAUCCCGCCACAGAACGGGAUCAGUCCCGUCCCGCCAAGUAUCCCUUAAAUUGACUAAUAGAAGUGGAGAUACUCGUCGGACCCUAUCACUUGAAAGAAAAGGUCUCAAAAGGAAACUUAAGGUUGACUUCCAGGGACAACAAACACCUGUACGUGACUUGCCAGGCUCUGGAAAGAAAAGAAAGCUUUCAUUAACACUGAAAGCAAGUUCAAUUUCUUUUCCAAGGAUGGAUGAUGUUAGUGAAACUCGUGUUACUUCGGACGAAGAAUACGUGGUCAAAGAGGGAAAAUCUGUUUUUAAAGAUCAAGACAAUACAUCUAGCUCUCUACAAAUUCAACAAGCUAGGGUUGACACCGUCUCCGAUGAUGGAGGUUCAGACUUAAACGGAAAAAAGGAGUUUGCUAUGGACAGAAGUCUGUUGGAUGUCAAUGUAACUUGUGUUCCUUCAAGCCCUGGAGAGCCUAACUCGGGUGAUGAAGUUUCCCCCAAAUGUUCCAAUUCUUCUUUGGCCGUGACUGGCUCCGAUUCCCUCUCUGGCUUUACAGAGGCUUGCCCUUCGAACAGCAAAUCUCCAGACAUUUUAAAGAGCCAACCUUUUUUUAAAAUGGGACUGAAAACAACAGUUAACGUAUCUAACGACGUGGAGCUGGUGUCUCAAGAAUUUGAUUUUCCAAAUGAAAAAGACACUGAACUAUUGGCUAACGCACUGUUUAAUAUGUCUUUCCCGUCACCUCUCCCCUGCGUAGAAGAAUGUUGCUCUCCUCCCUGCCCCUCGUCACCCCUGAAAGCGAACUGUCAUGAAUGGAAAGGAAAUCAAGUUUUAACUGUUAACAGUAGUUGUGCUGAAGAAGGCAAUGCAUUAGAAGUCGAAGAAGCGAACGAGUCUCCUGAGUUUUCUUAUUUAGACCAAGUUAAAGAAUCUCAAUCUAGUCCUGUAGUUCACAGUGUGCUGGAAGGAUAUGCUGUCGUUUCCACUGGUCCUCAGCUCGGGGAAACGCAAUCUCACGGCGAUAACCCCGAAGUUGAAAUAGCAAAUUAUGUCGGUCAGAGAAUCAGUGAAAAGGAGACUAGAGGCCAUGAAGAAUCUUUCAAACCACUUAGAAUCCCCAUUAACAGAAGCGACCUUCGUUCGAACGGAGAAGAAUCUUUCGAGAGAAAAGGUGCGAUAGGGGGAGGCGAAGACAAUUCAGAGUCUUCAAUUACAGGGAACAAUUGUUGUAAAAGUAAAAUUGUUACUGGCAGCGAAUCGAAUGAAUCACCUGGCUUAAUGGCUCGAGAUUCAAUCGUAAUGCCACCAUUUGACACUGAAAUGACUGAUUUACCUGAUCUUACUGAAGCUGAGGAACCAAGCAAACUAAGUUUAGAAAACGAAAUUUCGAUCGACGCACGGCAAUCGUCAGCACAAGGUAAUUCAGACAACAACGAAAUGGAAAUGUUCUUAGGCGAAGGUAAAGAGGAACAGGUCAAGAAAACUUCCUUCAAAAUUCCAAGCGCCGAGAAAAGUGAUUUUGUUUUCAAACUAAGUUUGGAAGAAGAAAGUUCGAACGAGGCACAACCACUGUCAGCGCAAGGCAAUGCGGAUGACAACGAAAUGGAAAUAUCCUUAGGUGAAGGUAAAGAGACACAGGUCGAGAAAACUUCCUCAAAACAGCUAACUAGCACUCUUGCUGCUAAAAUUCCGACAGAAUCCUUCAGAGACUGUAAGGAGCAAACCUUAAGUAAAGUACUCUCUGUCUCUGCGGGCGUCAAUGACGCUGGUAGCUGCAGAAAUCGUGUUGUCAUCAAACCUUUGAAGGAGCCGCCGAGUUCCGAGGAAUUGCUGAGCUCACUGACGAAAUACGGGCUGCCACACUGUAAAUAUCAAGAGCCAUUUUGCAGUAACCCGGACGAUAUCCCAGCAUUGCCCAGGUCAGUUAAGUUCAACUUUAUAGUUAAACCACUAAGACUCCAUUCCAACGCAAAAAAGUCAACGAAGUUAUUGCUAGCAGGGUCUCUUUUAAGAUAUAUUUAAAAUGUCAAGAUAUAUUUAUAAUUUAUUUUCAAUUUUCUACGCCACACACCAGACUCCGCGGGAAUUUCUUUUAAAUGCAAAUAUAAUAAAACAAUACAACCGUUUCCGGCCAAAAGUGUCUGAGCGGGCAACAUUGCAAAAUCAAUGAUAACAGCAGUACACUGCUCCCCUCCAAUUUUGACCGUUCGCUGAGUUUUACUUACUUUAAUUUUUACACAUAAAAGUUUUUCUUCGUGGGCUGCAUAACAAAUCAGUUGUUGACUGGUCACUCAAGAAACAAGUCAUUUUUUUCUUGGAAUGUCAGCGUUUUUUGAUGUGGAACGAAGGAAUCAUUGAGAUUCUUGGUAAACAAAAUUAAUA